AUGGCCGAAAAGCCCCACCUCCCACACGGCACCCGCACCCUCUUCCGGCGCCGCGUCGACCCCCCAGUCCCAAUGAACACGCUAUACGGCGACCGCCGCCCCGGCACAUACCCGCAAAGCGCAGGCAUCCCCGCGCCGUUCGUCGCAAGGUGGAACGAGCGGUUCAACCCCGAGCUUGACCCCGACCCGCACAUUUACGUCGCCGCCGACGUGUGGGAGACGCAUUUCACACCGGGGACACGUUUCUCGGGAUACUUGGUCGACGCGGCGCUCGUCCACCCGGCCCUCUUGCCCUGCUUUUCGCCUCGUCUGCCGUUCCUCCGCCCGGCCAACUUCUUGAGCGGGGCAUUUGGCGCUGGGGUGCUCGACCUUCUUGGCCAAGCUUCGGCUGCUCGUGAGGCGCUGAAUGUCCUGCUUUCGAGCGACGCAGUUACCGCCAGGUAUGUGAAGAAGUUUCGUAACGACCUGCCGCCGUAUCUCUUCGAAGGCCAGCUCAAGUGCGAUAGCUGCAUCGAGCUCGGCAAGACGUACAACUGCCCGUGCAUAUUCGUCAACCUCGGCCGCAUGACCGACCCUCGCACCCAUCCGGGAGUGACCGGGUACGCGCUCAAGUGCUUCAGCUGCGCCGAGCUCAAGCGCCGCUGUAUCUUCUCGUUACGCUGUGUGUUCUCGUACGGCGAGGUCGUGCUCCGCGGGGUCGAGCUGCAUGCUCGCGUCGUGAGUCACACCGACACACCCGACCUCAAGCUCGGAGAUAUGGUGUGGUGGCCUGGACAGAGGCCGGGGAUCGAGGUUUAUGGCCUGGGUGGCGAGGGGGGUGCGGAGGCUGUGGACGCGGCUGAGUGCGACGAGGCGCCUGCCGAGGAGAAGAGCGAGGAAGGGCCUCAUAACGGGUCGCACGCUGGUACUACGGGAUAG